AUGACUCUUCCAUGGAAACGUCUGAUCCGCUUCGAGGCCGUCGAUGGCCGCAUCCUGCGCGGAGAGCCAGUGUUAUCCGCAAACCAGGAGAUCGAUCUUGGCUUCGUCACGGAGGCUGAUCAGCUCCAGGCUAAGAUCCUUGUCGGUCAUGACAUCUAUGAUACAACUGGCAAUACUACAUUGACCGAGGAAACAGUACUGGUCAAAAAGAUCCUCUCACCCUUGGCCCAAAGCGACGUGCCCAUCUUGCGUUGUGUUGGUUUGAACUAUGCCAAGCACAUCAAGGAGGCAGGACGCAAGCCUCCCCCAUUCCCCUUCAUCUUCUUCAAGCCCACUACCACCAUCCAUGACCACGGUGAACCUGUUGUGAUUCCCAAGAUUGCACAAAACGACCAGGCAGACUAUGAGGGAGAAUUGUGCAUUGUGAUCGGAAAGGACGCCAAGGACAUCCCAGUGGAGGAAGCCCUGAACUAUGUCGCUGCCUAUACCUUGGGAAAUGAUAUUUCCUCGAGAAAGCUCCAGAGAGAUCCUGCCUACGCUGGGGUUGUCCCUCAGUGGGGCUUCUCUAAGGGGUUUGAUACCUUCGCCCCUCUUGGCCCUGUGUUGGUUGCCACCUCUGAGAUCGCGAACCCAAGCUUGCUACAAUUGAAGACCAUUAUAGAUGGUGAAGUGCGUCAAGAAGAGGGCGUCUCCGAUUUACUAUUCGAUUGCAAGUAUUUGGUUUCGUACUUAUCCCAGGGUACUACCCUCCAGAAGGGCAGCAUUAUCAUGACUGGAACUCCCGGCGGUGUUGGUGCCGGCUUGAACCCUCCUCAGUACUUGGUUCCUGGGACACAGAUGGAUGUGUUCAUUUCAGAGAUUGGCACCUUGAGAAAUAACGUUGUCUUCGCUUGA